AGAGAGAUGCUGGGGGAAUUACCAGCGGAGAGACACGGGUGGAGAAAUGGAGCGUACUUUUUGGUGAUUGAGGGGGACCUACUCUGACUCCCGCAGGCAGAAGCGGUAGUUCUCUCCCAAGGACAAGCAUAUGUUUCCAAAUUCCACCCUAGGUGGUGGACAUAUCUGGAUAUUAAUUAGCUGAACAUAAAUGAAAAUCGUCUGGAACGACAGCAAGGCAAUCCCGGAAAUAACAGACUUACCCUCAGCCGGUCACGUAGGCUGCGCUACUGGAGCUCUGCGUUCCAAAUAGAAACAUCAUCUCAAGCUUCAGAAUAUCAGAACAUUUCAAGAAAAACCACGAAUGAAAGAAACUGAGGCAUAUUCGGAGCUAUUCGGACUUUUUAAUAUGAAACUUUCCAACGCUGCGGCACCGCUCCUCUCUCACAGACUCGGCAGUUGUACUACACACCCUCUCGCACAGUGGCUCUGGUAAAAAAUGAGGCGAGGACGUGGGCUACGUGCACAUCCAGCACUAGACGAGAUGAAAUGGAGAGCUUGGAACACACGGACCUUUUAAAUCCAAGCUCUUCCCACGGACAUCGCAGUUUUUCAGCCUCGCAUGAGAGAGUGACAAACGGUGAACACAUAUUCGGAGCUGCCGAGCAUCACCCUUUCCAGACCAACAUGGGACUAAAUGGACUAAAUAGAUACUGCCCGGGCAUGGCGCCUGUUGGGAGCGCCACGGCUGCGGAGUUACUGUCAGGUCUGGCUUCCAAAGCAAGCUCUUCCGGAAUCAUGGUUUUAAAGAAGCAGCCGAAUGCUGGGCUGCCGUUCUAUAACGGCGGGAUCGUGUCUCCGUCCGCAACCAUUGAGGGCAGCCACAGUGGGGUUUUGGCGCAAACUCCCAACGGUUGUCCUCUGCAAGUGAGGGGGGUGGGGGAGACACCGAAUGGCCUUGCGCAACCCCUCGGCAACAGAGCACGCCUCCUGGAGAAUGGGGACAGAGCACAACAUGAGAAAUGUGCUCUUCUAGUGAAGAGGGCCAAUGGUGACCCGCAGGUCAAACCCCACCAUCGGAAGCGGAGAGGUGGGGAGAACCGGGACAUGGGUCUGGAGAUGCCCAAAGGAUGUGGCUUGUCAGCGGGGUCAGGUCUAGGAUCUCUAGGUAUGAUGUUCUAUGGACCAGGAGAGUCGAUAACCCCGGACUGCAAACGGAGACUCGUGGCGGAGAGCGACGUUCACAAAGCAGAGCCCUCCAAACCAGGCAGGGCGGUUCCGCUCGCUGCUAAUGGCGACAACAGCGUCAACAAUAACCGUAGCAACCACAACCACAGCGCCACCCCUCACCCCCCUUUGCCCGCGCCUCACAGCAACAAGCUGCACCACAAUAUACACAAGGUGACACAGCUGAGCACCAGGUCCGUUCCAGACCAGACGUCCCCAGUAGAGGCCAACAGCAUCCCGUCUCUACGGUUACAGGCCGGGGAGGGCUGGUCGGCGGAGCAUAUCGCCCAGAAGUACAUCGUGCCUUGUAUGAAUUCCUACGGUAUCUGUGUGAAGGACAGUUUCCUGGGGCCACGGCUGGGUGAGUCGGUGAUGGGCGAGGUGGAGUGUCUGAAUCGCAGCGGGAAGUUCCGCGGCGGUCAGCUGGUUAGCCAGAGGAGCAUCCCUUCGCGGAGUAUCCGUGGAGACCAGAUCGCUUGGGUGGAGGGGCACGAGCCGGGGUGUGAGGGCAUCGCCACGCUGAUGGCACACAUCGACGAGGCCGUGAUGCACAGCGCUGCCAACGGGCAGCUGGGAGACUGUGUCAUCAACGGGCGCACCAAGGCUAUGGUGGCCUGUUACCCAGGUAACGGCACGGGGUACAUCCGUCACGUGGACAACCCUAACGGUGACGGCCGCUGCAUCACCUGCAUUUACUAUCUCAACAAGAACUGGGAUGUCAAGGUUCAAGGAGGUCUGCUGCAGAUCUAUCCAGAGGGGAAGAGUGUGGUGGCCAACAUAGAACCGCUGUUUGACCGUCUGCUUAUCUUCUGGUCCGACCGCAGGAACCCACACGAGGUUAAGCCAGCCUACGCUACACGCUAUGCCAUCACUGUCUGGUACUUUGAUGCCAAGGAGCGGGCCGAGGCCAAAGAGAAGUACAGAUUGGCAACCGGACAGAAAGGUGUUCAAGUGCCCGUCACUCAAAACAACAAAACCUAAAUCCCAUCCAACGAGUGCUUCCCCCCCAACGAGUGCUUUCUGGAUGUGCAUGUGCCUACCCGCGCUGCUAUUGGACAUUUUAUUCUGAGGGGAGACGCUGUAAACCCAGCAGGCCCUGCCCACUCUGUCUCUGUCAGUCGUCUGAAACAGCUCUUGAUUGGCUGUGAGGAAAUACGGCAGCAUCUGAUUGGGCGGUUGAGGGAAAGGGGGCGGAGAUGGAACAUGGUGGAAUCAGUUGGUGAGAAGAGCGAGGCAGGGUCAGACUAACUCAGGUGGCAUAAGGGCCGAAGAGGAUGAAGAUGACUCAUCUUCAUCAGAGAAGUAAAAAAUAAUAAUUUGAGACAAGAAACCGAUUGGACCGGCUCUUGUUUUUCAGUUUUUGCCCUUUCAAUAAUCAUCGCUGUUUAUAUUAUAAUCAGAAAGUAAUCUUCUCUGCUCAGCUCAGCUCAGUCAAAAGAUGAGGGUAUUUUGUCCAAUCAGAAAGCAGGCCUAAGGAGACAGGAGAACCCUCUGUAUGGUCAGAGGAAAACGAUUGCAUCCGGUUUUCAGGGGAAAUGGAAAAGUGAGCCUGUUAGCAAUCUUAACUCCUCCUCCAGUUAGGGAAAUGUGUUUGGAGGUCCUGACCAUCACACACAUCGUGACACAUCCAGCAUGUUGCCUCAGCUACAUCCAGCAGUCAAUCAACAACGCGCCGUUAAAGAGGAAGUGACCUCACAGGAAAUGAUCCUUUACAUAUCAUACAGCAGGGUGGCAUUCAGCUUCUCCCAGCAGUCAUGUUGCUGGAGAAACUGUUAGGGUUAGCCACCUGCCACCAGCGUACAGAGAAGACUGAAGACUCUCUUUAACGCAGAGAAGACUGAAGACUCUCUUUAACGCAGAGAAGACUGAAGACUCUCUUUAACGCAGAGAAGACUGAAGACUCUCUUUAACGCAGAGAAGACUGAAGACUCUCUUUAACGCAGAGAAGACUGAAGACUCUCUUUAACGCAGAGAAGACUGAAGACUCUCUUUAACGCAUAGAAGACUGAAGACUCUUUAACGCAUAGAAGACUGAAGACUCUCUUUAACGCAGAGAAGACUGAAGACUCUCUUUAACGCAGAGAAGACUGAAGACUCUCUUUAACGCAGAGAAGACUGAAGACUCUCUUUAACGCAGAGAAGACUGAAGACUGUUCUUUAACGCAGAGAAGACUGAAGACUCUCUUUAACGCAGAGAAGACUGAAGACUCUUUAACGCAGAGAAGACUGAAGACUCUCUUUAACGCAGAGAAGACUGAAGACUCUCUUUAACGCAGAGAAGACUGAAGACUCUCUUUAACGCAGAGAAGCAUGAAGACUCUAUUCAACUCGACUAGUCAAACAGAUAAAGUGCUUUCACGGCCUCCUCAAUAAUGUUUUGUUUGUUUGUGCGACAGCCAGUGAGAAUCUAAGUGUGCCAUGUCGGGAAAGCAAUGUAACAAUUCCAAGAGCGUGUUUUUGUUUGUGAAAUGUUUUGAAGGCGGUGCCUAAGCAAAGCUCACACAGACACUUCCACAAAAACACUGGAACCUGUGCAAGCCGUCGGUGGGUCGGGUCGAAACAGGGUUUGCUGAAUGUUUAUAGGGUGUAUUUUGUUGAUGUGUGUAUGACUGUGUGCAUCUGUGUACGUGCGUGAGGGAGUGUAAGAAGAUGUACUGUACAAGCAAACCUGUUUCUAGUACCUUAGUGGUCCCAAUUGCACCUGUAUGCCCCAACCCUACUGGUACCAAGACUAGAGGCUGCAUCAGCACUAUCAACAUCACCUACAGUGCAUUCUGGUCUACUCACACAUACAAUCGAUUGGACACGGUUUACCACGACAUCUGAAUCUAACCUGACCCCAAACCCUCAGUCAACCUUGUUCAAUUCCACAGAAGCAAAUGUUAAUGCACAGAAGGGUCUGUGUGAAACUACUGCAGUGUGUGUCUGGCUGUGUGUGUGUUUUUUUUUUCUAUACUUGUGGGGACCAGAUGUCUCCACAAGAAUAGUAAACAAACAGAAAUUUGACCAACUGGGGACAUUUUGUUAGUCCCCAUAAGUAUAGUUCUAUGUGGUUAAGGUUUGAAUUAUGGUUAGGGGUUAAGGUUAGGUUUUGGGGUUAGGGGAGGGAAAAUAGGAUUUUGAAAGGGAAUCUGUUUUGUGUCCCCACAAGGCUAGUUAAACAUGACUGUUUGUGCAUGUGUGCACCCUGGCCUUGAAUGGGGGUGAGGAUGCGCUUGACUGUGUGUGUGUGUGUGUGUGUGUGUGUGUGUGUGUGUGUGUGUGUGUGUGUGUGUGUGUGUGUGUGUGUGUGUGUGUGUGUGUGUGUGUGUGUGUGUGUGUGUGUGUGUGUUACAGACUGGGUAAGAGAGAAGUAAAAGAUAUCACUUUUCAGAAAUGCUAUCUGUAAAUGAUGACAAUGGAAAUUUAGAAAAUGCUUUUAUGCUGUGGAUAAUAUGGUUAUUGAGAUGCAAUAGUAACGAAAACAAUGAGAACAAAAAAAGUUGCCUAAUUUUUUUUCAGAAUUUUGCAGUAUUUAAUUAAAACGUGUUUUUGUAUAAGAA